UUUGUCGUUACAUAUUGUCAAUUCCCAAGCGGGAACAUGGCGGACAGAGAGAUGGAGGGCACUUUAUUAGACCUGUCUGACCGAGGUCUGACUAAACUAGAGAUCCCCCUGGGUGAGAGCCCUACAGCACUUAUAGCAGACAGAAACAGUAUCACUCGUAUAGAGAACCUAGAUCAGUGCCCACAGCUUAAACAGUUAUCAUUGAAGAGUAAUCGUCUUGUACAUUUGAAUGGUGUGAAUAGAUUGAGACAUCUUACAGUGCUGAACUUACCACAGAACAGUAUCAUCGCAAUAGAAGGUGUAAGAGAAUUGGCAGAAUUGGCAUGGCUGAAUUUGUCCGGCAACAGUAUAAAG